ACUUUCUCCACAGCUUCUGAUGACUAUAUCGGUGUUUCCAACCGACUGUUGACAUUCUCGAGCAGUCAGCCCACAGAUUCGGUCACCAUCACCAUCAACGAUGACACGGAGGUCGAGGAUGCCUUGGAGAGGUUCACGGCCAGUCUGACAAUCGACAGUGGCCUCAAUCUUGUAGUCACCCUCCUGCCUAAUACCGCCACUGUCACCAUUGAUGACAAUGAUGUUGUGAUUGGAUUUGUGGAUCCAACGACAACAGUCACAGAGUCUGGCGAGGCGACGCUGUUUGUGACAAUCAUGGACGGGACCAUACCUUCAGGAGAACAGUACAUUGUCACCCUCACUACCGCUGAUGACACCGCCAAC